AUGGCAGCUCCUCCGUAUCCGGCUGAGAAAUCUGGUUCCAAAGAACUCAUCCCCGUCCCUGCCUACGAUGAGAAGUUUGGUGACGAGAAGGUGGCCCACGGCGACGACAUCUCGGGCGAGUUCCUCCCUGGUUCAGAGAAUGUCACCCAGCAUGACCUCGACACUUUGAGGCAUGUUUCCGACAAGUUCCCUUAUGCCGCUUGGUUGGUCGUCAUCGUUGAGUUUGCUGAACGAUGGUCGUACUACGGAACGACGAACAUCUUCAACAACUAUAUCCGUGCCCCGCUACCAGCCGGUUCGAGGACAGGUGCUGUCAUUUUCGACCGCGCCAACGGUGUGGCUGGUGCUCUGAAUAAGAAACAGCAAACGUCGUUUGCCAUCCGUACUUUUAACACCUUCUUUGUUUACUGCACACCAUGGCUUGGAGGAAUCCUUGCGGACACAGUUUGGGGUCGUUACAAGACGAUCAUGAUCUUCUCUAUUAUUUGCCUUAUCGGUCAUAUCAUCCUUGUCGGUUCCGCGACGCCUGUUUCUUUAGAGAAUGCCAACACUGCACUUGGUCUCCUCGUUUUGUCCAUCACUAUCAUGGGAUUGGGUGCUGGUUCAAUCAAAGCCAACGUUUCACCUAUGAUUGCUGAACAAUAUACCGGUAAAUUGCGCAAAGUUACCCUUCCUUCUGGCGAGCAGGUUAUUGUUUCGCCUGCCGUCACUAUCCAAAGUAUCUACCUCUGGUUUUAUGCCGCUAUCAAUUUGGGAUCCUGUGGAGCUAUCUCCGCCUCUUUCCUCGCUCGCGACCAUGGAUAUUGGGCGGCAUACCUCGUCCCCACUGCAAUCUUUGCUUUGGUACCUAUCGUCCUCCUCGUUGGCAAGAACGUGUACGUCAAGACUCCUCCUCGCGGUUCAAUUCUUUUGGAAACCAUGCGCGUGAUACGCAUGUGCCUUGGCCCUGUCUGGUCUUUCAACCCCGUCCGAACUUACCGUAAUGCUCAAUCUUCCACCUUCUGGGAUCCCGCCAAGAGAUCAUCGUACGAGCAAGGCAAGGUUCCUGCGAACAUUACCUGGGAUGACGAAUUUGUCGAUGAAGUUUCGAGGACAGUUAAGGCCUGCAAGGUCUUCUUGUUCUUCCCUUUCUUCUGGCUGUGCUACUCUCAAAUCGACGGAAACUUGGGAACUGUCGCUGCUUCCAUGAAACUCGAUGGUACACCUAACGAUCUCAUUCAGAACUUGAACCCUAUCAGUAUCAUUAUUAUGAUUCCCAUUUUCGACUACGUCAUCUACCCUUUCCUCCGCAGAAGAGGUAUCAACUUCACGCCCAUCAAGCGCAUCUUCACCGGUUUCAUCGUCGCUGGUCUUGCCAUGCUCUACGCCGCUGUCCUUCAGCACUUCAUCUACAAGACAUCGCCCUGCCACGACAACCUCCCCUCCGAGUGUGUAUUCAAAGUCGGCGAUGACGAGUUCCCCAACCCUUCCCCACUGAACGUGUGGAUUGUCUCCGGCCCGUACAUCCUCGUCGGCAUGUCUGAGAUUUUCGCCUCCAUCACCUCCCUGGAGUACGCCUUCACGAAGGCCCCAGUGCGCAUGCGCUCCGUCGUCAUGGCUUUCUCUCAGUUCCAAGUCGCGCUCUCCUCCGCCCUCAACUUCUCCCUGACUGCCGUCAACGUCGAGAACAGAUUCACUUGGCUCUUCGGCUCCUUCGGUGUCACCGCCUGGAUCGUCGGUAUCAUCUUCUUCUUCACAUUCCGCCAGCUUGAUAGGGAAGAGGCUAUUCUUAACACCAUCGGCCAGGGACCCCGUGCUGGUUUCGUCGAUGAGCAGCAACAGUCUUCAGAUGCCAAAUAA